CGCCGCCCGCCAUUUUGUCUCCAGUGUCUGGUGUGCCGUCGACGGCGUCGUGUGGGCUGUGUCCGUCCGUGGGCGGGAAGCAGAGUACAGGGUCUAUUGUCUGGGUUUGACUCCGUAGUUGGUGCGAAGCCUUCUGGAGCUUUCUCGGGGCAGUCAGCAGAAGCCGCAGCGGCCGCCCCCCGCCCCUCCCCUCUGCCCCCUGGUCCGGGAGGGACUGAGUCCGCGUCACGCCCCUCAGCGCUCGCCGUUCCCUUCUCAAUCGUUGCGUCCGCAUCGUGUCCCCGGAAUCAGACGGUGCCCCAUAGAUGGCCAGCUUUCCCCCGAGGGUCAACGAGAAAGAGAUCGUGAGAUCACGUACUAUAGGUGAACUUUUAGCUCCAGCAGCUCCUUUCGACAAGAAAUGUGGUCGUGAAAAUUGGACUGUUGCUUUUGCUCCAGAUGGUUCAUACUUCACAUGGUCACAAGGAAAUCGUAGAAAGCUUGUUCCGUGGUCCCAGUGCCUUAAAAACUUUCUUUUGCAUGGCACCAAGAAUGUUACCAAUUCAAGCAGUUUAAGACAAAAUAGUGACAGUGGACAGAAAAGUAAUCCUCGUGAACAUAUUAUAGACUGUGGUGAUAUAGUCUGGAGUCUUGCUUUUGGGUCUUCGGUUCCAGAAAAACAGAGUCGUUGUGUAAAUAUAGAAUGGCAUCGAUUCAGAUUUGGACAAGAUCAGCUGCUCCUUGCCACAGGUCUAAACAAUGGACGUAUCAAAAUAUGGGAUGUAUAUACAGGAAAACUCCUCCUUAACUUGGUAGAUCAUACUGAAGUGGUCAGAGAUUUAACUUUUGCUCCAGAUGGUAGCUUGAUACUGGUAUCAGCUUCAAGAGACAAAACUCUCAGAGUAUGGGACCUGAAAGAUGAUGGAAACAUGAUGAAAGUGUUGAGGGGGCAUCAGAACUGGGUAUACAGCUGUGCAUUCUCUCCUGACUCUUCUAUGCUGUGUUCAGUUGGAGCCAGUAAAGCAGUUUUCCUUUGGAAUAUGGAUAAAUAUACCAUGAUACGGAAACUAGAAGGACAUCACAAUGAUGUUGUAGCUUGUGACUUUUCUCCUGAUGGAGCAUUACUGGCUACGGCAUCUUAUGAUACUCGAGUAUAUGUCUGGGAUCCACAUAAUGGAGAAAUUCUGAUGGAAUUUGGGCACCUGUUUCCCCCACCUACUCCAAUAUUUGCUGGAGGAGCAAAUGACCGAUGGGUACGAUAUGUAUCUUUUAGUCAUGAUGGACUGCAUAUUGCAAGCAUUGCUGAUGAUAAAAUGGUGAGGUUCUGGAGAAUUGAUGAGGAUUAUCCAGUGCAAGUCGCACCUUUGAGCAAUGGUCUUUGCUGUGCCUUUUCUACUGAUGGCAGUGUUUUAGCUGCUGGGACACAUGAUGGAAGUGUGUAUUUUUGGGCCACUCCAAGGCAGGUACCUAGCCUUCAACAUUUAUGUCGCAUGUCAAUUCGAAGAGUGAUGCCCACUCAAGAAGUCCAGGAGCUGCCGGUUCCUUCCAAAGUUUUGGAGUUUCUGUCCUAUCGUAUUUAGAAGAAUCUGCCUUCCCUGGUUACAGUAGGGAAUGACAAAAUACACUUUACAUAAACCUCAAGCUUUACUGUCUUCAAGUAUCUGUUUUUAAAGGUUUAGAAGACUUAUUUAAUUUGAUACAUUCUUGUAUUACAUUUUGAUCAGUUGAGCUUUUAAAUAUUAUUUAUAGACUGUAGGAGAAAUAUUGUUGAACAUAUCAAAUGUAAUUUUUUUUAAAGAUCUAACUGUGAAAACAUAUAUAUACAUGUAUAUAUUUAGAUACUAGCUGCUAUAUGUUGAAUGGACCCUUUUGCUUUUCUGAUUUUUUAAUUUUGGCCUGUAUAUACUGCUUUAGUAGAGCCACAUUAUGUAUCUUUGCUGUAAAGUGUAAGGAAUUUUAUAAUUCUGGGACAUUGAGUUUGAUGGUAAUUAUUGACUUGGGAAAGCUGAAUUGCCUCAUCAAAAUGUAUUUGGUUCAGGGGCUGGGGUGUUGAACUGACAUGUCAGUGAAACACAAUUUUGUAUGGGAAUUUUGUUUUCCUUAGGGAUCUUAUCUUAGAGGUAGAGUUUAAAUAUGACAUUUAAAAAAACAACACAAACAGAGCCAGAAUAUAACUAGAAAAACUGUCAUGGUUUCCACCCACCAUGUGUGCCCCUCCAACUGAAGUGUUGUGGUAGGCUUUCAUUUUGGGAAGCAGCUGGCCACUUCACCCCUCUGGUAUAAAGUAUUACAUAUUUUAGUCAUUUUGAGAAAUCCAACUACUAAUAUUUUGUUUCUACAAGGGACAAUUCUUUCAAGACCAUGGAUUGAAAAAAUUUACUGUAUAUUUCUGCAGGGGAUGAUAUUGGUGACUUGCCAAAGAGAAGCAAUACAGUAUAUCUGCUUUUGCCUUCUGUUAUUUAUCUUACCUGCAGAUAUUAAGAAUGUAUGCAUUAUGUGAAAUGUUUGAUUAUAUAUUUUUGUUGACUUUUUAAAUUAAAGACUUGUUAAAAAAAGUA